AUGGUUCACCAUGCGCGCGGCCUCCCGGCGGUGAAGGCCCAUGCGCUGCUCGCGGGCCUGACCUUCCUGCCCUACGUCGUCCACAUCCCGUACAGCGUCAACAUCGUGCUGCACGCGGCGCUCACGGUCUACGUCGGCAGCUGGCGCAGCGUGCGCGACGCCGACGGCGGCGGCGGGCCGCAGGAGCAGAUGACCAACUCGGACGCGAUGCGCUUCCCGCUGGUCGGGUCGUGCGUCCUGUUCGGCCUCUUCCUGUGCUUCAAGUUCCUGCCGAAGGAGCUGGUCAACCUCCUGCUCGCGGGCUACAUCACCAUCAUCGGCGCAGUCGUCGUCGUCGGCGCCGUGCUGCCGUUUGUCGAGCGGUUGUUCCCUGCCAAGGAGCGCGACCGCGUGAUCCGCUUCCUCACGGUCCCCAAGAUCCCGUUCCUGGUGAAGGAGCCCUUCCCCCUCGAGCUCACAGUCCCCGAGGCGGCCCUCGCGCCGCCCGCGCUGGCUGUCGGCGUCUGGUACUUCCUCACAAAGGGCUGGCUGGCCAACAACCUCCUCGGGCUCUCCCUCUCGAUCGUCGGGAUCGAGGCCAUGUCGCUCGGUAGCAUGCAGACCGCGGGCAUCCUGCUGACCGGCCUCUUCUUUUACGACAUCUUCUGGGUCUUCUGCACCCCCGUCAUGGUGUCCGUCGCGAAGAACUUUGAGGCGCCCAUCAAGCUGCUGUUCCCGCGCUCCUCCCUCCGCGCCGCGGCGCUCGCGGGCGAGAAGGCGCAGUUUGCGAUGCUCGGGCUCGGAGACAUCGUCCUGCCCGGCCUGUUUGUGGCCCUCUGCCUGCGCUUUGACGCGCAGCGGCAGUUCAGGUCGUCUUACUUCCAGACGGUGUUCUGGGCGUACUGCGGGGGCGUCGCCGCGACGAUCGUGGUCAUGAACGUGUUCAAGGCAGCGCAGCCGGCGCUGCUGUACAUCGUGCCCGCGGUGCUCGGGGCGGUAGCGCUGCAUGCGGCGCUGCGCGGGGAGUUCAAGGCGGUGUAUGAAUGGCAGGAAGAGGCCGCAGACAGCGGCGCAGCGGACUCGGCGGCGGGUGCGGGUGCGGACGGCGGCAGCGGGGCGGCGGCGGCCAACAAGAAAGCGGAGUGA